AACAAAAACGUGCAGGUAGUGACAAUGUGCCGGAAACGAUGCAAUUUCUUCAACAAAUUGUUGAAAUGACUGUAGUAGGCCAACAGGUGGCAGCAACCUAAGGAGGCCUAGGCGCUGUAAACCCCCCACCAAAGAAGUGGAAAGUAGGCUAUGAUGUUAGCAUGAUUAGCAAAGCUCAGCGGAAACUCCAAGACUCGCCAUUAGUUGAACUGAUGUCAGAUCUGCUGAUCUCAACUUCCUCCUCAAACACCAUGAUAUCAGCUCUCAGUCACGGAAGUGUUGUUAAUAUAACUAACUAUGACGUAUGUGAAAUAGCAUGGGCGUGAAAGCGUAUUUUAUAGAAAAUAGACAUUAUAAUGUUUUAAGGUAGGUUGGCAAAUAUUCUUUAUUUAAUAUUGAUAAUAUUGAUAGUUAUUUUUCUAUCGGACACAGUGGGAAACGUUGCAUUUAUUUUAUAUUUACUCUUGGUUUUCUGGGAUAUUAUUAAACUGACUGUGACUGCUGUGAGGACCUCUAGCGGACGUUUGGUGAACCACACAACCCACGUGAAAACAGGCAGCAGCAGCGGCGCCGAGAUCAGUAGCAACAGUCAGAGCCGGUGCGUCUACCCGGAGGAUGAUUAGGAUUUUUGACUCAAACAAACGAAGAAAAUGACGAGUUUUGAAACGUGAUUGAUAAGAGUCGGAUUCACACACAAUCAAUGGUUUGAUGGCGCUGCGGCGGCAACACAGCAAGUGACCGAAGAGAAGCGACAGGAGGGAACAACAUGAACUCAGAUAUGCACAAGCCACCUCUGGCUCCUAAACCAAAGCUGGUGAACCCUCAGAGGCCGGGGCUGUCUCCCUCCACCCCCAGAAUAGAUGGUCUUUCUCUCCCAUCACCUGGGACAUCUAGACUGUCCAAACCAGUGCUGGCUCCCAAACCUUGCCCCACCAAACUCACACCUGCAGUGGAAUCCAGAGCCAUCCCCUCAAAGAGCCUCCUUCAAAAAUCUGUAACAGAAACCCUGCAUGGCGUUGGACUUCUCAACUCCCAAAAUGGAACACAAGAAAACAAGAAGCCAGACUGGGACUAUAUCAUUCCUAUUUGUCUAUGUAGCCUGGAAAGGUGUCAGUGCUUUAGGAACACGGCAGCUGCCAGAGACAAAGUGGAGAACCAGUUGAAAACAGUGAGACAUGAAAACGGCCAAAGGAUUUCCCAGGACCUUCAAGGCACUGAGGCCUUUACCAACACCAACCUCAAUAACCAUAAACCUCUACGAGGGACUCCUGAGUCGGACAAAUAUUCGAGCCCACAAUUCCACGUCUCUAGCUCUGGAGUGAAUGGGGGGCAGUGUUUGGCUAGAAGAACAUGGAGCGAUGAAGCAAAUGACAACAUCAUACCUCAAUGUCUCAUUGGUCAAAGGCCAAAGGGAGACACUCUUGCCUUUGAGCAAACACCUUGUGUGUCCCGACCUACACCAGCAAAUCCAAAACCUCUGCCCGUGCCUCGGAAACCCAGACCAUCUGGUCUUGCUCUUCAGGAAAAGGUGGAGACGGGGAGGGAAGAUGUUACGAGGCAGGAAGGGAGGGGUGUUAACGUCAGCGAGGCGAAGGUGCCAUCAGAGGGGAAGGACAGUUCACCCCUAUCUGUCAGUGUACCUGCCUAUGAAAACACUGAGCUGAUUGUUCUGGCUGCGUUGAGGGCCUCGGCACCUACAGCCUCUCCACCCAAGAAGGAGGUUUUACCACCUCCCUCUUUCCAAGUGCCAAGUGAGAUACAUUCAAAGGACGUGGAGGAGGAAGAUCUGGGCUUGGACAUCAACAGUCAAGAGAUGGGCGUAUCAGUUGAUGAGGAUGACGAAGAAGAGGUGGACAAGCACACGGAAGGGCGGAAAGACCAGGAGGGAGUCUACAGCCACUCCAAGCAUGCGGCUUUAUCUCAGAGUUGGCUGGACCAGGCAGAGGAGACCACUCAGCCUCAGCCUGUCGUCAGCAUGGCAGCAGAGAACAAGUCAGUCCCAGAGCUUCCGUGGAAAGACAACAGCCUGUCAAGAUUCGCUCAGAAGGAGGGAUUUUCCGAGGGGAAAGCAAACGGAUCGACAGGCUUUAAAGAGAAACUGGAUGAGCCUUUGAGAACAGACUGUUGUUCGAAGGAGAGAACGACGAGGGAGCUGCCUUUGCCUCCGCAGGAGAAAACAAGCAAGAACCAUCACACACCUGGACUUGUCAAAUCUUCCCGCUCCAGUCUGGGUAAAAAGAGAGCCAAGUCCUUCUCUGGUGCUGACCUGAUCACCUCUGAAGGACAAAGGAAAAACUCUUUCCGCAAACUCUUGGACUUGAAGCUGUCUGUGAAGAAGCUGCCUAAACUUAAAGCUAAAGGAGGACAGGGGACGGACGGAUCCGCGUGUGACCUUGACCACAGUACUGACGAUCAGAAGGAGCCGCUCAGGAGCCAACGGAAAUUCUCCUGCCCUCUUAUUGGAAUAGAGCAGAGUGUGGAUGGAGACGACGAGCUUCUCUAUGAGAACGUGCGUCACUAUGAGGAGAUCCCUGACUACAUGAACAUUGAGGUGGGGGAGAUGUUUCCUCGUGCUUUCCUCUCACCACCCGCAGCCUGCCAAAUGUACAACGACGAGGGGAUUUACGAGGAGCAGGAGCCGUACAUGUCCUACGAGAAAAGCACUGGAACACAACUGGGUCAAACCCCAACAGAAAGAGUCUCCGUCCAUGACGGAGCGAUGCCCGUAGGCAUUGGUCCUUCAGAUGACGAUAACGAGGACUUUGACGAAGACGACCAUGAUUUUGGGACAAACACUUGGUCCUCAGCUGAGGACGAUGAGAAGGACAGCAGCUCUGUCUCAAGUAAAGGAGAUGCUGAGCAGCCGGAAGACAGAGAGAGUGAGAUUGGACAGAAAAAGACAAAGAUUCAUUACAUCGCUGCUGAAAUCAUGAGCUCAGAGAGUGUGUUCGUCGACGUCCUGAGGCUGCUUCAUGUCGACUUUCGUGAUGCAGUGUCUAAAGCAGCUCAUCAGAAUGGAAAACCUGUCAUAGAGGAACGUCUCCUCAGCCAGAUCCUCUAUUCCCUCCCUCAACUCUUUGAACUGAACCAGGACCUGCUCAAGGAGCUGAGGCUGAGACUGGCCACAUGGGAGGAGAAUACACAGAUUGCAGACAUUUUCCUGAAGAAGGGUCCGUACCUGAAGAUGUACUCCACAUACAUCCGCGAGUUUGACAAGAAUGUGGCUCUACUGGAAGAGCAGUGUAAGAGGAACCCGGCGUUCGCAGCUGUAGUGCGUGAAUUUGAGGCCACUCCACGCUGCGCUGGCUUAGCGCUGAAGCACUACCUGCUAAAGCCUAUUCAGAGGAUUCCUCAGUAUCAGCUGCUGCUCACAGAUUAUCUGAAAAACUUGUCUGAACAUUCAGCUGACUACAAGGACACACAAGCUGCGCUGGCUUUGGUGAAAGAGGUUGCCAAUCAUGCUAACGACAUUAUCAAACAAGGGGAUAAAUUUCAAAAACUGAUCCAGGUGCAGGGCAGUCUAAAAGGACACCAUGAGAUAGUCCAGCCUGGGAGGUCCUUUCUGAAGGAGGGCAUCCUGAUGAAGCUGUCGAGGAAGAUCAUGCAACCCAGAAUGUUCUUUCUGUUUAACGAUAUGCUGCUGUACACCACUCCAGUUCAGUCAGGCCAGUAUAAGCUAAACAACAUGCUGUCUCUGGCAGGGAUGAAGGUUUGCAAACCAAAUCAGGAGGCCUAUCAGAAUGAGCUCAACAUCGAGAGUGUGGAACGCUCCUUUAUUCUCUACGCCAGUUCAGCUACAGAGCGAGAUGAUUGGCUGGAGGCCAUUUCCACAGCCAUUGAUGAAUUCACUAAAAAGAAGAUUAGUUUCAUACCUGGAAAACCUUUUGAAGAGGAUGAUUCUCAGGACCCAGAUGCUGCGGGUCCACUGGGAUCCAAGGCCCCAAUAUGGAUCCCUGACCUGCGGACCACUAUGUGUAUGAUCUGCACCUGUGAGUUCUCCCUGACUUGGAGGAGACACCACUGCAGAGCCUGUGGAAAAGUGGUGUGUCAGUCCUGUUCAUCCCACAAACACCGCCUUAGAUAUCUGAAGAACCAGUUGGCACGUGUGUGCGACCAGUGUUUCCAUGUCUUUCAGCAGCAAAAGAGUGAAACCUCACAAUCCGCAGUGGUGUCUCCUGGGAGCAAAACUGCCUUUCCCUUUUCCAGGAAGCAGAAGAAAAUACCUGCCGCACUCAAAGAGGUGUCCGCAAACACAGACAACUCUACCAUUAGUGGUUAUCUCCAUCUUCUCAAGUCCAAGGGUAAUAAGAAGCAAGGCAAGAGGCUGUGGUUUGUCAUUAAGGACAAAGUCCUGUACGUGUAUGCAGCAAGUGAGGAUGUCGCCGCCCUAGAGAGUCAGCCUCUGUUGGGAUUGGUGUUGAAAGAAGAUUCAUCUCAGAAACUGCAGUUCAGGCUCUACCACAAACACACACUUUACUACAGAUUUAAAGCCGAUGACAUUCAGACAGCCCAGAGAUGGAUCGACUCAUUCAAAGAAGCCACUAUACUGUAACAUAUUUAAAAUGUGUACAUUUGAUGUCUUAACUUUUACAAACUCUUUUGUUUUAUGUUAGUGCUGCUAGAAGUAUAUAUUGUACAUUUGAUUUAACUUUAGUACAUACAUAUUUUUCAACUUAUAAACUGUAUAUUCACAUUGUUAAGCACUUGCAUAGAGCUGUGCCGUGAUAUAUCAAAGUAAAUCUGUUCCAUCAAAAAUACCUUUAACAUUUGAAAUGUGUCUCUUUAACUCCAUGGUAAUCUUCUUGGAGCUCAUUAGCACAACAUAUUUUUCGGAUAAACCCCUGCCUUUAUUUCAACAAAAUAUGAUGUUAUCAUAUAAGUUGUUGUUGCUAAAAAACAUCCCUGCAUUUUUUCUGUUGUUUUCAAACCCCUUUAAAUUGGAUUGUACAGAAAAAUGUUCUACUCUCACCGUGCUUGUAGAAUAAGCAUUGUAUGUUGCAUAUGUUGGGAUUUAUUCUCGGUUAAUAGCACAACUGCAUCAAAAUAACUGCACAUAAAUUUUCUACACAAGUCUAAAUUUGUAAAAAAUUAUAAUUUUAACUGAAAUGUACAUAUGAGUAGCGUUUUUUACGGCUUAAUUUUACAUGUAAUAAAUGUUGUUUUGUUUUG